AUGGCUUCUUCGUCUACCUGGGCACAGGAUGUGAUCACUUGUGAUCUUUGUGACAAACCCACCCACCAAUUCUGCAACAACUGCAAUGUCACUGUGUGUGUAGAUUGCAUUGAUAAACAUGUAGAAAGUCUGAAGUCCCAAAUGCAUGACAUUGUUCCUUUUAAAGAGAGAAAAAAACGGCUCGUAUUCUCUGCAUGUGCUUCUCAUGCAAACCAAAAAGGUCUGAGACACUGUCAACAAUGUGAUAUCCCUAUCUGCUUCAAGUGUGCCAUAGGUCCCCACAGCGGCCAUACUAUCAAAGACAUGAGAGAUAUUGUACAGCAGAUAAAAGAAGAAAUCAACAGAGAAACUCGGUUAAUUGUCUUUUUAACUUCAAGAAUUGAAUCAAAUGGCGCAAAAAUUGAUCAAAAGAUAUCUGACAUGACGGGAGAAUUUGAAGAAAUGGAGAAAAAGGGGGAAAAUCUGAGAAGAAUCUGGCAUGAAGAAGUAGACACCAUUUUCAAUGUGCUACAAUCAACCAUUAGAACAACGAAAGAGAAAGGAAUCUCAGCUCUCAGAUCACAUCAGUCCAGGCUUCAGGAUAAAGGGACAAAAUUAACACUUAUAACGCAAAGAAACAAAGAAAUUCUUGAAUCUAAUAAAGUUUCUGAUGUUACAGGUUACAAACAAAAAGUGAAGAAAAUAGUUUUUCCUAUGGAUUUUGAUGUAAAGAUUCCUUCUUUGAAAACCAAAGCAUGCCCGGGGAGUGAACUCAACAUAGAAUUAGGAGAGUACAAGGCCACACUGACUCAGACAUCGAUAUCAACUCUGACAGAGGAAAACCCCAUUUUAAUUGAGAGAAAAUCCCUGGACACAGCUAAAGUUGUUGCUUGUAUUUCUUCUGGAAUAAAACCCUUAGGUCCAAUCAUCUGUAUUGGAACCCAUGAAGCUUGGGUUCGUGGUCAAGACAAAUUCAUAAGACGCAUUGACCUACAUGGAUUUCUGAAAAGCAGGAUUUCCACCCAAUGUAAAUUAUAUCCAAAUGAUAUUUCAGUGACAAAACAUGGAGAACUGAUAUACAGCGAUUAUGACAGCAGAACAGUAAACAUAGUAACAAAGGGUAUGAUAGAGACACUGAUCACUCUACCUAGGGGAUGGUACCCAGGUGGACUAUGCUGUUCCAGAUCAGGGGACAUUCUAGUUAGUAUGGGAAAUCUUGAUAAAAGUCACAACAAAAUAGUCCGCUAUCAGGGACGAGCAGCAGCACAAGAAAUACAUAAAGAUAAACACAAUCAACCUUAUUUCAGAAUUGGCAAAUAUGGUGUUUAUGUGGAGGAAAAUAACAAUGGAGACAUCUGUGCCUCUGAUAUGAAUGCCAAGAAGGUAAUGGUGAUGGACAAGACAGGAAAAGUCCGAUUCCGUUACGAUGGUACACCAGCCAGGAGGAUAAAGCCAUUCUUUCCUGCGUGCAUUGCUACAGAUUCACUAAGCCAGAUCAUUGUAACUGAUGUUAAUAAUGAUUGCCUUCAUUUAUUAGAUCAGAAUGGACAGUUUCUAAGAUGUGUUGAUAAUUGUGGACUUCUGAGUCCUGUAGGACUGAGUGUGGACAGCGAGGGGAGGUUGUGGGUAGGGUGUCAAGAAUCAGGUGUUAUCAAAGUCAUCCAGUACUUGGAGUAA